AUGAAGCUCUUGAUGUCCCUCUUGGUUACCAUUUACAGUCAAGUCAACUUGCUACAAAGUGAAACCUCUGAAAUUCUAAUAGUGCCAGAAGUUGUUAGCUUGGAAAUCAACAGCAUUCAGGAUAUCAGAAUUGCUUUGAGUACCCCCCUGCAGGAGACUGUAAUCAUCACCUUCAAUGUGACCUUCUCAUCCAAACAAACCUGUAUUGUUCAACUACCUGAGCAAAUAAAGUUGCCUAAAUCUGUAAACUCGUCAUCUUUCACCGUCCGAGGAGUUGAAGUGGGACAGGUCACUACCUACCUCCAGACCAACAACAGCAAUCUGAUCAGGGGUCCAACACGAAUGCAUUUUCUAGUGGUGCACAGCAAUGCCUUGAAGAUUAUAAACCAAGUGAUUGGCUGGAUUUAUUUUGUGGCCUGGUCCAUUUCAUUCUACCCACAAGUUAUUGAAAACUGGCGGCAUAGGAGUGUAAUUGGAUUGAAUUUUGAUUUUCUGGCCCUGAAUCUGACGGGUCACUUGGCAUAUGGAGUGUUUAACGUUAGCCUUUUCUGGAUUCCUAAAGUUAAGAAACAAUUUAUUGAGCAAAACCCAGAAGGAGUGAACCCAGUCGAAGCAAAUGAUGUCUUUUUCAGCCUCCAUGCCAUCCUGUUAACAGCAUUUACAAUCUUUCAGUGUUUCAUCUAUGAGCGAGGGGAACAGAAAGUAUCCAAGAUUGCUACUGGACUGGUGGUCAGUGCCUGGCUAUGUGCUUUUGUGACCUUCUUCAUAGCGAUCGCUGGUCAAAUAACAUGGCUUCAACUUGUCUACUAUUUCUCCUACAUCAAACUUGGCAUUGUACUUGUGAAAUAUGUCCCUCAGGCUUACAUGAACUACAGGAGAAAAAGCACUGUUGGAUGGAGCAUUUGGAAUGCACUGUUGGAUAUUACUGGAGGCAUUUUCAGCCUUCUGCAAAUGUUCUUGCAAUCAUAUAACAAUGAUGAAGAGAUGCUGAUUUUUGGAGAUCCAACGAAGUUUGGUCUUGGACUGAUAUCCAUGUUAUUUGAUAUUAUCUUCUUGGUACAGCAUUAUGUUCUGUAUAGGAAACACCAAGUUUAUAUGUCACUGAAUGAUGGAGCACCAUUUGUGCCCAAGGACAGUGUGUGUAAAUUUUCAGGUACUGCCCUUCUGAGCCAGUUCUCCAGGAGGAACCCAAGAGACGAAAACUGUACACAUUAUUCCAGACGUGGUCUCAUCAAGGACCUGUACAGCUGCGGUUUGUACAGCAGUGUCUUGGAAAUUGAUCUUCAAUUUCUGGAGACUCCAGGCCAAUCCUGGAGGAUUGGCAACCCGACCCUACAGUAG